UUGUUAAUCACCAUCAUCAUCAUCAUCAUCAUCGUUCAUGGAGUUCAUCUUCAUCAUCAACAUCAUCAUUACCUAGUCUAAUAACGGAUAAUGUUCAAUUAUCAUUACCAACAAAAUCAAUAAAUAAUAAUGAUGAUCAUCAGAAUAAAAUUGUUUCAUCAUCACCAACAUCAACAUCAUCAAAUACGAUUGAUCGUAAAUUUGUAAUAAAAAUAUUUACACGUGUUCUUUGUACAGAUGUUGAAUAUAAAACAUUAUCCAUAUCUAAUCAUACAACCAGUCAAGAAAUUGUACAGAUUAUAUUGAAAAAAUUUCGUCUCAAUCAUCUAGAUCCUAAUCUUUUUUAUUUAACCCUUGAAGCAUGGAUUAAACAAACCGGUAUACCAAUACGUAGUGUUAUGGCAUUAGAUGAUGAUGCAUGUCCAGCAUUAUUACAAUCAUGUUAUCGACAAAAAGAUCUUAAAUUCACUUUAGUAAUGCGUCGUGGUGAAAAUGUUCGUAUUCAUAAUCAAUGUAAACAUGGGCCAUCCACUGUAAAUAUUCUCAUAUCGGAAAGGACGAAUGUUGAAGAGUUAACUCAUUUGGUUACCGGUAUACUUGAUUUACCUACUAUAGAUAAACAAUAUGAACUUUAUGUUUAUUCACCUUCUUGUAAAAUUGAACAAAAAUUGUCACCAACCGAUCGACCAUUAGCCAUACGUAUGGAAUGGCCAAAUCAAGAUUUUAAUCGUUUCGAAAUUCGUCCAUCAUCAUGUCGAAUUCAACAUCAUCACCAAUACAUUGAUAACAACAACAACAACAGCAGUAACGAUUCCCGUUUGAUAAUGGCUGAUUUUCGAAAAAAUUUCAAAUCUGAAUUUACUAUGAAUUUGCUGGGUGCAGCAACCACAACAACAAAUCAUAAUAGUAUGGCUAUUGCAACGGAAAAUCGAAAUCACUACCACCACCACAACCACCAUUAUCCUCAUUAUCGAUCACAUCCACAGUUACAGCUACCGCAGCAUCAUCAACAUCAUCAUCAUCAUCAACAACAACAACAACAACAACUACGACCGGAAAAGUUCUGUAUAUUUAAAACAACACUCCCUUCGACAAGAAAGAGGGUCCUGUGUUAUAUCAUUUUGAUUCGGUCAUCAACAUUUUUUUUUGUUUGCCUCUUUAUUUCUAGUCUAACCUCAUCAUAUUAUUAUCAAUGAUGAUUUUUUCGAAAUUUUUUUUUUGUUCUUGCUGUUGUAUAUUGGCAAAGACUUAUCGUAAUACUGACUGACUGACUGACUGAAUUUAUAAUCAAUUGGAAUAAUAAUAUUUUAUUAAUAAUAAAAAUC